CUUAUCUAUAUUAUCGCUGCUUCCUCUCUUUCUAUCCCUUCUAUAAACCUUCCCUCCUUCCCUUCCCUUUUUUCAGAUUAAAUCAAAUCAUCUUGAAAUCUUUUGGAGAAAAUCUCAUAGGGCCAGGGCUGCAAAAGAAAAGGGAGAGAUGGUUAAACCGAGUGAUCAAUUUUGGAUUUGUGUUGAGCAGAAGAAUGGUGGUUCUUUCAGGUGUAAAUUCUGUGGAUGUUCAAGAAGCAACCUAUCUAGCUACUUAUGGAGCAAAUAAAAAACUCAAAGCCACGCUAAGUUCAUGCUACGAUGAGGCAAAUAAUACAGCUUUGACUUCUUUGCAAGGGCAAAACAGUGAAGUUGAAAUGCUGGAAGGAGAUCUCGAAAGAGUGCCAAUGGAGGUUCAGGGCAUGGAGCAAGAAGCAGGGGAGCAUAGAGGUUUAUUUCCUGAGGAGACAGGUUAUGACAGGGAACAUGAGAUUGCAGAAACCAUGCAGCCUAUGGAGAGAAGUAUCUCAGUAGAGAGGCUUGAACUUGAUCAUGAUGCAGGAGAGACUAGAAGAGAAGAAACACAAGCAUUCCAUGAGUUGCGCUGGCUGUAUCAUUUCUCUUGUUGAUACCAAAUAAUAAUAAUAAUAAUAAUAAUAAUAAUAAUAAAAUCCUGUUUACAUCUUUUACAUAA